GUAUAGCUGGUAACUAGCAGAUAACUAAGCUUCUUAAGCAUCUAAUUCAGAUAGUUGAGCUUCUUAAGCAACUGAAUUAUGUAUAGAUAAUGAUUUCUUAGAAGUUAAUAUAAUUUAUCUGAGUCUCGAGAUGAUUAAUCUCAUAGCUGACGGAUCAGAUGCGAUAAUAGUUUUUUAAAAGAAAUCCAAAAUAUUGAAGAAGUGUAACCGGUAACCGGGAAUAGCCGGUGGAUGUCUAGGCAGAUCCUUGUCCAUAUAACAGAGCGAACGGAGGUUGAAAAAACCAGUAGCAGCAACAGCGAAACAGAGAGUGAGCUUCUUCUUCUUCUCACAGUGAGUGUUGAUCAUCGUUUUCCUACAGUCGCCGGAAGAAGAUGCCGAUCCGCAACAUCGCCAUCGGUGCCCCUCAGGAGGCAACCCACCCAGACACCUUGAGGUCAGCCUUGGCUGAGUUCAUCUCCACCUUCAUCUUCGUCUUCGCCGGCUCCGGUUCCGGAAUCGCCUACAACAAACUCACCGACGACGGCGCCGCCACCCCCGCCGGCCUCAUCUCCGCCUCCAUCGCCCACGCAUUCGCCCUCUUCGUCGCCGUCUCCAUCAGCGCCAACAUCUCCGGCGGCCACGUCAACCCCGCCGUCACCUUCGGCCUCUUCGUCGGCGGUAACAUCUCCUUCCUCCGCGGUGUCAUCUACAUCAUCGCUCAGCUUCUCGGAUCCAUCGUCGCCUCCUUGCUCCUCGCCUUCGUCACCGGACUCGCUGUACCUGCUUUCGGUCUUUCAGCUGGAGUUGGAGUUGGGAACGCGUUGGUGUUGGAGAUCGUGAUGACCUUUGGAUUGGUGUACACAGUUUACGCCACAGCCGUUGAUCCCAAGAAGGGUAGUUUGGGAACUAUUGCACCUAUUGCUAUUGGUUUCAUUGUUGGUGCUAACAUUUUGUUGGGUGGGGCAUUCGACGGAGCAUCCAUGAACCCCGCCGUGUCAUUCGGACCAGCCGUCGUGAGCUGGAGCUGGUCUAACCACUGGAUCUACUGGGUCGGACCACUUGUUGGUGGUGGUAUUGCUGGACUUAUCUAUGAGGUGGUUUUCAUUGGCAGCCAAACCCAUGAACAGCUUCCUACUACUGACUACUAGAGGGAAGUGAAAGUGAAAAUGAAAAUUGUGUAUUAUUGAAUUUCUCUGAAUUUUUCCUUUGUGCAUCAUGUUUCAUUCCACUCUUGUCCUUUAUUUUAUCUUCAAAAAUUGGGAGUUGUUUCUUUUGUGUUGAAUGAAUUGGUGGCUGUUGUUGAUCUGUGGUUCUAUGGUUGUAUGGUUGAUGAUCAUGUAAGUUAUGUUCCAAACAGCUCCACCAUUGAAAUUGAAUGUUAAUUAUUUGGGUCUGGUUGGAUGUUUUA